AUGGCUAUCAUUUCCUCCGACCUAGCGUCUGGCACAAAUCUGGGCGGGGGUUUGGUGUUGCUCGCUGCAGCACUGGUUCUUUUCGUAACAGGCCGCACGAUCUACUAUAUAUUCUUCCACCCACUCUCAAAAAUUCCUGGCCCAAAGCUAUACGCUGCUACCCAACUACCAUAUCUCUACCACUUGACUCGAGGCCAAUGGGUAUAUCGUUUGAAGGAGUUGCACGAGCAAUACGGCCCUGUGGUUCGAUAUACUUACAACGACGUCUCCUUCAUCACGGCCGAUGCUUGGAAGACAAUCUACGGCCACAAGGCCGGCGGAGCCCAGGAGUUUAAAAAGGAUCCCCGCACUUACAGACAGGGCCGUCCUGCUGCAAGUCUGAUUGUCUCAAAACACGAAGACCACAAGCGCCAGCGAAAGCUUCUUUCCCAUGCGUUUUCCCACAAGGCACUCCGCGAUCAAGAAGACCUUCUGAUGCACUAUGUCAAUUUGUUCAUCGAGCAGCUUACCAAGAAAGCAAGGGAUGGGGAAAGCGUCGAUAUGGUCGCUUGGUACAACUUCGCCACCUUUGAUCUCAUCGGCCAUCUUGCUAUGGGACAGCCAUUCGGGUGCCUUGAAACCGGAAACUACCACCCCUGGGUCACCAAACUCUUCAGCAGCAUCAAAACUUUAGCCUUUUCGCAGGCCGCGAUGCGCCUCGGCCUUCAGAACUGGAUUGGUCUCAUUACCCCGGCGCACUUGAAGAAGGCUACCAAGGAACAUUUUGAGUUCACCGAACAUGUGGCUGGCGCUCGUCUUGAUGCCAAGGAUAACAACAGUAAGGACUUCAUGUCUUAUAUUCUUCGCUACAACGAUGAGAGGGGUAUGUCGAGGCCUGAGAUCAUCGAGAACUCUUCUCUUCUCAUUAUAGCUGGAAGUGAGACCACAGCGACAUUGCUCAGCGGUGUUACGUAUCAGCUUCUGACCAAUCCUGAGAAGUAUAACAAGUUGGUCAAAGAAAUCCGGUCGUCUUUCGCUACAGAAGAAGAGAUUACAGCUACCCGCGUGGAUCAGCAGGCUUAUUUGCUUGCAGUGCUCUCCGAGGGCUUCAGAAUGUAUCCUCCUGUCCCCGGCGCAGUUGGACGAGUCAUUCCGAAAGGAGGCGACUUUGUCGAGGGUCACUGGUUUCCUGAGGAUACUCUUGUCUCUGUGCCUCAAUUGCCCGCCUACCACUCAGCACUCAACUUCAAAGACCCCGAGAAAUUUGUACCCGAGCGUUGGAUGGAUGAUCCUCGAUACGCCAACGACUGCAGAGCCGUUGUCCAGCCAUUUUCCAUGGGACCUCGAGAUUGCAUUGGCAAAAAUUUGGCUUACCUUGAGAUGCGACUUUUACUGACACGACUACUCUGGAAGUUUGACGCUGAGCUCAUGCCUGAAAGUAGGGAGUGGAAGGAUCAGAAGAUUUUCAUUCUUUGGGAGAAGGGCAGUCUCCAUGUCAAGCUGACUGAAGUUGUUCGCGAAAAGAAUUAA